UUUGGAAAAUAUGGCGUCUCACUGAAAGCGGUGCAGUUUCAUUAUCUAUCUAGUUGCCUCCUAAUAAACUAGGUUUGAUAAUUCAGUGAGUGUAAGGCAGUGGCAAUUUAAAUUGCUUGCCCGGAGUUAGAUCUAAACUGAAAAUGGCUUUACUGACAUAGGUGUGGAAGUAAAGAACAUUUGCUAUCUGUCACGCCCACCUUUACGAAAAUACGAAAGCAUAGCCUGAGCAGAAGAGCUAUUCUGCAGUGCCAAGUGAACGCUAGACAGCUUCUAGAAGCUAACGUUUAUUCUAGCUGCUUUAGCUAGCUAGCUAACGGGCGUUGUUCAGCUAACACUGGUGUCGCGUUUUUGCUGACGGAUAGUAUUAUGUACACUGUCGGAUAGAACUUGGUUGAAACGUCGAAUACAUCAUUUUAAUGUUCGUCAACUUCUUCAGUUUCCGAAGGGGGAGAGAGAGAUGGGAUCUGGUUCUGUGGAUUCGUCUCAGUGGUUAUCCGUGAAGGAAGAGACUAUUUUCCUUCACGAUGGGCUGAUUCGGGUCACGGACCUCGCAGAAUUACCCAGCGAAAUUGGAGUCUCUGAACAGGGUGACACCGAGCAGGAGAUACUCACCUUUGAGACCAAGAACCCUGUGGAACUAGCUGAGCGCCUGCGUGCUGUUUGUGGUACUCAGAGUAAUGCCUAUGCUCGUCUCCUGGAGUACCGGCUCAAUGCUUUACGUGGCCUGUGGGGGGCGCAGAGGCAGCUGGCCCUGGAAGAGCAACAAGAGCGAGAGGGCGCUGCAGCAGUGGCCGGUGCUGGAGCCGGGGCUGAUGAAGAGGCGCUGUCACUCUUGAAGCGGCAGGGCUUCCUGCAGCAGCAGCAGCACCACCACCACCACCAUCACCCAUCGUUGCCCUCUAGCUCAGACCAAGCGCCUUUCACAUCCCGUGUGGGACUGCUGCUCGUCUUCCCCCUGCUGCAGUCUCAAACCCGCCAUGACCCAGCACUUGGUGGUGUCACUGCCGAAGUACUGCUGGCCUGUCUGCGUGACUGUCAGCCACUUAGCUUGGGUAAAGAGCCUGCAGACUGCCUCAAUGGUCUAGAGGGCCUGCUGUGCACCUGGUUGGAGCAGGGGGGUGAACAAGGAGAAGUUAUAGCACAAGAAAAACCACUACUAACCCAGAGGCAGAGGGAGAAUGCAGCUGCCGCCCUUGUGGCUUUGGCAUGUGCCAGGGGAUCUCUAAAGACAUUCAUUCAUACUGUUCACCUGCUGCAGAAACAAACAGACCUAGGGCAACUUCCUGUGGCAGAUGUCCUCUACAGACUAUUACUUCUGGAAGGUGGUCCAGGUUCUCCAUCUUGUUUGCUUGGAGGAAAACACAGUGUCUCAUGGGGUUUUGAGGACAUGCUCCCUACCCCAGACAGCAAUGCUGCAGGAUCUGAGAGUAAAGACACAGACCUGGGCCGCUGCUUGGCUACAGAUGGCCUGUAUCUCUACACCACUAACUCUUUUGGUAGGGGCUUGAGCAAGCUGGGCUCGGGUCUUCAUGGGACCUUAAGGGGUUUUGUGUACUGUCGAAAUGAGGACUUGGAGGCUGGUUGGGUAGUGCACAGCAGUGGUCAGUUGCUCCACCGCCCUGCCUCCUUUGACACUAAACCCCAUCAGCUGUGUCAGGUUAUAGACCCCUUCACUUUACAGGUUUGCCAGAUUGUGUCCAUGCCCCCUCACCACUUCCCCAUGGGCAGCAGUUUGACCACACUGCACAUUUGCUCUGAUGGUACCUACCUCUACUGGGUGUGGUCACCUGUAAGUCUCAAUGAAAAGACCCAGAAAGGCCAUUCUGUCUUCAUGGAUGUCUUCCAGUUAAUGAAUGACUCUGGCCCGUGUAUUGCCAGUCCUCUGCGGGAGCGGGUGAUUUUGUCAAGGAAAGAGGGCGAGUCAUCCAAAUGUCUGAACGAACUGCUGAUAAGCCGCAUGUCCCGUUUUCGUGCGUCACACUCAGCAACACUUGCUGCCCUCACUGGUUCAGCCAUCACCAACCCAGUCAAAGAGGAGCAGUCUGCAGUAAAUGCUAGCUGUGGUCUCCCUCUAAAGACUCUGAGGAAAACACCUAUGUAUGUGUGUGGGACCUACCUGGUAAUGCUGGCUUCUCCUCCUGGUGUAGCUGGUAGUUCUGCCACUCGCUCACUCUUUGGUGGGUCCAGCAGCCUUUCCUCCCUUAAAAUCCUGGCUUCUAGUCUUGUGUUCAACCUGGCUGAUGGUCAGUUCAUCAAUCGUGCAGAUCUCAUUGAUGCCCCUGGCAGCUCUCUGGGUCGUGGCGCUCAGGUAGCAGGACUAGGGGCAUGCUAUGAUGCCCUGAACAACUUGAUCUGGACCUGCUCAAGCGACUACAUGGACCAGUGGUGUAAUCCUGGCAACCAAGCCUUUCAUCAUGUGUGCCAACGACUUGGUGUAAGCCAUGUCAUCAGAGAGCCCAAAGAAGAGAUGAUGGAGACAGGUGAGGUGAUCAGCCAGCUGCUACACCAUGUUGGUGCCAUGUGCAUCCACCAGCUGAACCUACUGGCUGCCAGCUGCAGUAGCAUGCCACUGGGAUCCUUCCUAGGAAAACAGCAGCCAAUGGAAGCCCAUCACUUUAGCUCCAUCUGUGACAUAAUGGAGAAGGCUAUGGUGCAUUCCGACACGUGCAUCAUCCGGUGUAUCCUUGUGGUCUUCCAGGUGGUGUUUCGGUUCUUCCGUCCCCACUCAGAGCAGAACCGAGAAAGUGUGAGGCGUUCUGGACUGCUAUUGUGGCAGCUGCUUAUGGCUCCUGUGGAUCAGAUAGGGGCAGAAAUCCAAAGAGAAGUCUGCAUGGCCAUCAGCUCUGGGUUGAAUGUCUUGUAUCAGGGCGAGUCCGAGCUGAGCAAAUUGUUAAAACUGGUUCUCACUGAAGGUGAGAGAAACGGUGGCUUGUCACAGUUGCGUGAUGUUAUUCUUAAUAAUCUAGCAGACCAGUUACAGAAGAAUCGCUUUGGAAGUGAGGAUGAUGACCACUACAGGCUGAGUGAUGAACUGCUGCAUUACAUCUUGAAGACGGUGGUACGUGAAUCCUGCCUUCUCAUCACUAAAUGCCAAAGAGUUGCCAAGGACGAUUUCCAGAAGCUUCUGUCCACCGUGCCUGUGGCCUCACCCAGUUUGCACUACCUUAUGGCUGUGCAGAACCAUUUACUCAGCAACGCUGUUCUGAUUCGUCCUGAUGACAGUGAUGACAGCGACAGCUCCCUUCAAGGGGAAACAAUGAAGGUACAGGAACUGCAGACUAGCAUCUUGUCCUUGGCCACCAAGAUCCUGAUGGGCUGUGAUGAAGUUCUAGAAACUCUUCAGCAAGUCACCACUGCCCUUAUCAACAGUGACAUUAAUGAUCGUGAAAGCAGACUAAAAGGACUGGAACAAGCGACUAAAGCUACCAUGUUGGGCCAUUUGCUGCCAGUCUUGUUGACCUCUCUUAUGCACCCCAACCUUCAGACUCUGUCACUCGCUGAUGCUCUUAUGCCACAGCUUGUCCAGCUCGUCCUCUACACCAGUCAGACUGCUUUACUUUUGAAGACCCAGUCCCCACUAUUUACUGAAGACUCUCCACUGAGUGGUGGCCCACUCACCCAUGGACUGAAGAUGCCUUGUAAUGAUGACAAUUUCCGGAUUCUUGAUGAAAGGGAAGAGCCAGGGUUCCUGACCGGUCUUAAGAUCCCUGCACCAUGGGCUGCUGGAAAAACUGUUGAGACUGUCCAUCCAGUACGGGACAACUACAAAUUUAAAGAGACUGUCCAUAUCCCUGGCGCUCGCUGUCUUUAUCUGCGUUUUGAUCCUCGCUGCUCUUCUCAGUAUGACUAUGAUAAGCUUGUUAUAUAUGCUGGGCCUAACACAAACAGUCGCAAAGUGACAGAGUAUGGAGGCAACACUCUGGGGUAUGGCAGCCGCAGCGUCCUGGGUACUGGCUGGCCAAAAGACCUAGUCAAGGUGGAAGGAGACACGGUGACAUUCUCCUUCGAGAUGAGAAGUGGCCGUGAGCACAAUACUCCGGACAAAGCCAUGUGGGGUUUCUCCUGCACUGUCCGAGCACAGGAGUCUUCAGAGGAUGUCUCUGGGGGUCUGCCCUUUCUGGCUGAUCUGGCUUUGGGCCUGUCUGUUCUGGCCUGCUCCAUGUUGCGCAUUCUCUACAAUGGUCCUGAGAUUACACGAGAGGAAGAAGCUUGUCAUGAUCUGCUCUGCUCCAAACUUUUGCAGAGAUGCCAAUGGCAGGUGGAAGCAAACGGUGCCAUCUCUCCUGCUCUCACGCCCUCUCCCUCUCCCCUUCCACUCACCAUUGAGGAGGACCGGGAGUUCACCUACCCCACAGAUGUUCUCAUCCCCACGCCAGGACAAAUUCCUGGCGUGUACUGUGACUUGCCACGCAUUCGUCUUCCACCAGGCAUAAUGGGCCGCCUAAGGGAACUCUCUGGCAGAGCGCGUCCUCAAUUUCGACCUAGCAUCAAAGAGGUAAUACAGCCAGACAUAAUGGAAGAGGUGAUCGUGUCAUGUGUCAUAAAGCACUUGGGUCUAAUAGAUGCACUGCAGUCUCUGGUAAAUUUUCAGUACCGAGAUGAGCAUAGAGAGGAGCAUGAUUUGCUAUGCAAGAUCAUGGUUGAGACCUUCAAGAAAAUCAAUGCUAUGGAAAGACAGCUACAGAGUGUGGCUGAGCUAGAACAGAAGUGGCAGAGUGAAGUUGGUGAAGCUCAACAGGGCAAACUAGAGAACAACACACCCUUUUUUCAUGAUUACCACUUCUUUGAGAGCAAAAUAAAGGAACUUGAACUUCUUUGUUCUCUGAAGGAGAUUCCAUUAGACUGGAGUGACCUAGAGAAUGCAGUGAUGGCACUGCGGGAGAAAUUUUUUCAGGAGGUCAGUUCUAUGCAGCAGUCUAGAAGUGCUGUCCCUCUAGCCAAAACCAAAGCCCUAGUGAAGAGCCUAAUGAAUCGCUCAGAGCUACUGCUACAUGUCACAAUUGCCCCGCACUGUAGGAGCCUCACCACAACCCCUACAGGCACACCAGCAUGUAAGUCAGUAUCUGACACCAAGACCAUGGUUCCUUUGGUGAAGCAGCCAGUUUUCCUGCGUAGUAUGUCUGCUCCAUCUGACCUUGAAAUGAUAGCAAACCAAGACAUGGAGUUCACACAUGGAACACAGCGGAGGCGGCAUCAUCCCACCAGUCACAGAAGCAGCUCAUUUACAUUGCUGCAGUCUCUAGCCAUUGAAGACAGCCGAGACAAACCAACAUACAGCGUUUUGCUGGGACAGCUCUUUGCCUUUAUAGGGACCACACCCAACCAAGCAGUGUCCAGUAGUAGUUUUCUAGCAGCAGCUCAGACACGAUGGAGGAGAGGCAGCACCAGGAAGCAGGCUCUUGUCCACAUGAGGGAGCUACUCACUGCCGCUGUUCGAGUGGGGGGAGUAACUCACCUGGUGGGUCCUGUCACCAUGGUUCUGCAGGGUGGGCCCAGGAUUGAGGAACUUACCUGUGGUGGUGUGGUGGAGCAGGUUCAGGAAGCCUUUGGCGAGACUAUGACCUCUGUGGUGUCUCUGUGUGCUCGCUAUCCCAUUGCUUGUGCCAAUAGCAUUGGCUUGCUGUGCACCAUCCCUUACACCAGGAGUGAGGAACAAUGUCUGGUACGCAGUGGCCUGGUUCAGCUGAUGGACCGGCUGUGCAGCCUAAGCAGCCAAAGAGAUUGCAGUUCCAAUGAGAAACAAACCAAAAAGCAGAAAGUGGCCACCAUGGCUUGGGCAGCCUUCCAAGUGUUGGCCAACCGCUGCAUUGAGUGGGAGAAGGUGGAAGGUGGUUCCACAGAUGCAGUGCAUUCUGGGCUAGCGAGGCAGGUGUCCAGUCUGUUGACCAACCACUUGGCGAGAGCAACAGAAUGCUGUGGUAACCAAGCAGCUGGAAACGAUGCCCUACAGGAUGUGCUAAGUCUACUCAACGACUUGUCUAGGAGCCAUAUAGGCAAAACAAUCCUGAGCCAACCGGCUUGUGUCUCCAAGCUCCUCUCACUGCUCCUCGACCAGCGGCCUUCUCCCAAACUGGUGUUGAUUAUCCUACAGCUGUGCCGUGCUGCCCUACCUCUUAUGAGUGUUGAGGACUGUGGUAAUGUGGCACUGCCAUCCUGGAGCUACUCCAUUAAUGCCAUUGAAACAGAACAACAGGAUGCCAGUGACCCAGCCUCCUGCAUUGCAGCACUUCUGCUGGCCAAGUUAGCUGACUACGUGGUGCCAGGUUGCCAGACACUCCUUUCUCCUGCUUCUUCUGAGCCAGAUACCAGCAUUAGCCGGGCUACCCCAAAGAACAGCAUCAAGACAGACAAAGAUGCUGGAGAGGAGGGAGAAGCUGUGGAUGGCAAACUCUCCAUUUUCAUUCAUAAGAGAGAAGAUCAAUCUUCCCAUGAAGUACUUCAGCCAUUACUCAGCAGCUCAGAGGGACGUCCUUUUCGGCUUGGUACUGGGGCCAACAUGGAGAAGGUGGUGAAGAUGGACAGAGAUAUGACUAAGACUGGGAGCUGUGAAGUGAUCACAGAGGAAGCUUCAGCAGCGCUGCGAAAGGCGAAUAAGUGGGCUCAGUCUGGCCUCAUUGUGAGCGUGGGCCCCCCGGUAGACACCCUUGUUCAGGAGACUUCAGGAGGAGCCACGACUGGAGACAAGAAGAAAAGUGCCCAGACGGUGGUGUGCAGGGACAGGAAUUCUGAACUGGCCAGGUCUGACCCGAUCCGUCCAUUCAUUAGUGGCCACGUGGCUAAUAGCAUGGCUGCUGAAGUUAUUGCUCUGCUACACAGUCUUCUUACCGCACCAGAGUCAAACACUGCUCAGAUCUGGACGACAACUGUAGAGAAGGUGUUGUCCCGAGCCUUGAUGUAUAUACCUCAGCUGGGGAGAUAUGCAGAAAGCAUCUUGGAGAAUGGGAGCAGCAGUGGCAGGAAGUUGGCCAAGUUGCAGGCAAUUGGAAGACAGGCUGUGGCAGCUUUAUGCGCCCUGGGCGGCUUCAAGGAGACUAUCAAGAUCGGUUCAGAGGUCCAGGUUGGGGGUAAAGGAGUCCUGGGAAGCAUUGGUAUUGUCAUGUCCAUCAAUGAGCAAGAAGGCAUUGCCACAGUUAAGUUCCCCUCAUGUGAAUAUCGGCGAACCUGUAAGGCCUCUGACAUCUUGACCGUACCCAUCUCCCGCCUCUGCACACCUCGCUCAGAGGCAUUGCCACUUUAUAAGCUUUCAAUCACUGAAAAGGUUGUGCAGGCAGUGCAGUCCAUGCUUCUGCCACAGGAGGGCAGCCUCUCCAUCCAUACUUCCUUACCAGCCUCUGGAGACGGCGCCAGUCCAGUCAUGGCUGCUGUGCGCCUGCUGGCUGAGAUAAGGACUAGAGCAUGUCUGGUAAUGGCUCAGUUGCUGGAGGACAGUUCAUUCUGUGAGGAGUUUAUCCAGCAGUGCCCUGCUGCUGUGGAGGUUCUCAACCUAGUGGCACAGGAGUGUAGCCCUGGUGAGAGGUUGGGCAUGGUGGAGUGUCAGUGUGAGAGAGUCCGAAUGUUGUAUCGAGACUGUGCCCGCCCCCCACCUCCUCCUCUGCAGACAGACAGAAGACAGCCAAAGGAAAUUACAUGGUGUCCGUCACGUGUCUUCCCACCUGUGCGUGCCUGUAUGUUCUCAUCCCACUUGACUUCUGUGACCUUUCUUGCGGACCCCAGUGCUGGGGGUGGCCUACCCAGAGGCACUUUCAUCUAUGCCACUUCAGCAGUUCCUGUUCAGGCUCCAUCCUUUUAUUGGGAGAUAGAGAUAGUGACCUAUGGAGAUUCUGAGGAUGACAGCGGUCCAAUUGUUUCUUUUGGCUUUGCCACAGAAGCAGAAAAGAGAGAUGGUGCAUGGACUAAUCCUGUUGGAACCUGCCUCUUUCACAAUAAUGGGAGGGCAGUACACUAUAAUGGCUCCAGUUUGCUCCAGUGGAAAAGUGUGAGACUAGAUGUGGCGCUGCUUCCUGGAGACAUCGCUGGGAUAGGCUGGGAGCGUUUGGAGGGCACACCACCUCCUCCAGGGCAGGCCCCUAAAGGCAGGGUAUAUUUUACCUACUGUGGCCAGCGCCUCAGCCCCUGCCUGGAAGAUGUGGCUGGAGGCAUGUGGCCCCUAGUCCACAUUCAGAAGAAGAACACAAAGAUCCGUGCUAACUUUGGGUGCCGACCAUUUGCAUACGCAGAGGGGCAGGCUCACCGGAAUGCUGCUGAUCUGUGUAUAGACCUCUCAGAGGAAAUUAGUGCCAACUUUGAGGCCCUGCCAUUUGCAAUGGCCUCAGACAGUGACAAUGACACUGGUGCCAGUGUGACAUCUGAUUCGGGCUCCCAUGGACCUCCCUGUCGCAUCGCUGCUGUUGCUGCUGCUCAGCAACAGUAUAACAGUGAUGCUUCCUGCUACUACAAAGUUGAGCUUAGCUAUGAGAAUCUGGUGACCUCAGGCCCUAACCCACACCCCCCACAUCUUGCUGAUGAUGAGAGUGAUGAUGAGGAUGACGAAGAUGUGCCAAGGGAGGAUCACUAUGCCCUUCUUGUGAAAGCCUGGGAGACCAAAGUGUUCCCCACUAUUCGCCGCCGCUUCAGGAAUGAAGCUGAGAGGAAAUCGGGUCUAGAUCAGAUCAAGGGAGCCCUCCAGCUUGGAAUGGUGGACAUAGCAAGACAAACAGUGGAGUUCCUAUAUGAGGAGAAUGGUGGUAUUCCCCGAGACCUCUACCUCCCCACUAUUGAGGACAUCAAGGAUGAAGCUAAUAAAUUUACUAUAGACAAAGUUCGUAAAGGUUUGACUGUGGUUAUACGCUGCCCUGAAAGCAACAACACUGGCAGCAGCACAGGAGGAACAGCCUUACCCAAGUUUGCUGUCCGAGGCAUGAUAAAAACAUUUGGCCUUCAUGGAAUGGUUCUUGAUGUUGACUCUGUAAAUGAGUUGGUCCAGGUGGAGACAUAUUUACGCAGUGAAGGUGUACUGGUUAGGUACUGGUACCCCAUUGAGAUUCUGGAGCGCCCACCUGCAGGUUCUCGUAGAAUUGCAGCCAAUGGCCUUGUGUCUCUGGACAGCAGCAACAUUCAGAUUCACAGGGAGCUACUGCGUUGUGAGAGUGCUCUUGCACGUUUGUACUGUCGCAUGGCAUUACUCAAUAUCUUUGCCCCAAAGAGCCCUCACACCUUCACACGCCUCUUCCACAUCCCAGCUGUUCGUGACAUUACCCUUGAACACCUGCAACUCCUGUCUAAUCAGUUGCUUGCUCCACCACUGGCAGAUGGCUCCAUCAGCUCAAACUCUAUUUUGCUGGCCCAGUCUGUGCUUCACAACCUUCAAGGGCAAAGCUGCUCUCCAACUGAGCUCUUUUAUCAAGGUAACGCACAGACCAUUCGUGAGUGGUUGACUGUGGCUAUUAGCAGAGCCUUGCACCAGGGAGAAGACAGCUUGCUGGAUCUUACCAAGCAGAUUUGCUGCUUUCUCCAGAGUGCCCCAGACCAGUUCACAUCAGAGGAGUUCCCAAUCUCGGAAUCAAAAGUCAGCAUGGAUGUCAACUUCCCUGGUGCUGCAUUUGUGGUUGUAUCUUGUAAAGAAGGACAGCUUGGAUGCCGCAAAGACUCAUCUCUAUAUAAGGCUCCCUGGGCCCGGAUCAUGGUGUAUGGGUUGGGGCACAAGGUGCGGCGCAAUGGCCAGCUGAAUCUGAUGGAGGCCGUCUGCUACCCACUGGAUGCAUCUCCCUCUAAUACAGGCCUUACGCCUCCUCCCACAACCAACCAAUACCCCAGCAUCAUCAUUCCUACUGACAGAUUGCAUAUAAAGCUAGGUGUGUCUCCCCCCCCUGGGGUGGUGCUUGUACUGCAUGCACUGCCUCUGGAGUUUCCUUUGGCCAUGGCCUUUGCCGAACAGCUCCUGACGUGGACACUGGAUGAGGGCAGUGAGCACUCAGAGGAGGAACUAGACACUGUGCCAUCUUCUGUGCUACUGCAGGUUGUGGAGUUACUGGGUGGUCUUCUGUGGACUACUGAUCUUGCACCUUGUAUCAAGGAGCUAAUCUUUCACCUGCUUGCUGAGCUCUUUCGCAAGAUCCAUCAUUUAGAACAGUGCAAAGGUCCCUCAGGCUUAUCCAGCUCAAUUGCACUGCUCCUGAAUCCUUGCUUGGCAGUUCUCAUGGCUCUACAGACAGAGCUCAGAAAGCUUUAUGACCGGGAGACCCAGGGCUGGGGGCUGGCUACUGCAAGUUCUUCUACCUCAGGAAGUAGUGGCUCUUUGGCUCUGACUGCUGAGCAAAGCCGCUUCUCCACGUACUUCCAUGCCCUAAUGGAGGUAUGCCUGGCUGUAGCAGAAGUCACAUUGCCACUAAAUGUGGGUGGUGGAGCCUCCUCUGUAGGCACUCUUUCAUCAUCCAAUGCACCAAACCUUAGUGAUUCGUCAUCAUCAUCAUCAUCUUCACCAGGCCAAACCCCCCAAAGUCCAAGCUUGUUGACUAAGCGUAAGAAGGUCAAGCUGAAACGUGAACGGGCAGCUGCAGCUGUGGUUGCUGCAGCUGUAGCUUCAGGAAAACGGGGCUCUGGAAGUAGUUCAAGACUAUCCGAGAGUGAUAGUGCUUUACUGAAUGUGGCAGGGGGAAAGCCAGAAGACAUGCUGUGGUUCCACCGUGGGCUGACAUUACUCAUGAUCAUACGGCACCUAACUAACAAGGACCCUCAGGGGCUGGCCGUGACUGGGGAUGCUGUAGCUGAUGCUUGCCAAGCUCUGGUUGGUCCUACUGCUCAUGGGCGGCUGCUGGUGCUCUCUGGCAUUCCAACUCACUUGGAAGAAGCUGUGGUGCGUAAGGCUAUCCGAAGGGCUUGCAAUGCACACGGAGGCCUUUUCAAAGAUGAGAUCUUCAUUCCGCUUCAGGUCGAGGACCAUAAGAAGACUAAAGGAGCUGUGGUUGGGACUCCAAGCACUGCCCAGGAUACUAAAACAGAGAAGUCUCAUCCAGGCACUAUGGACAGUCCAGAUAGUUCCAGCAGUGCCACCCCAGCUAUCAGCAUGAGUGCUUCAGCUUCAACGAGCCAGACAUCCAUUUGCAGCUCCUCUCAGGGUGUGUCCCGGACUGCCAGUGAGCUGUCUGUGGACCAGGAAGUGUUAGCAUGCACUGUGACUCCACAAGUAACCACUGCUCAGCCACAAGGACCUCUUGAUCCCCACAAUAUCUCCAGUCAAGAAAGCCUUGAUAUCUCACUUUGUAGCACAGGAAGCAUUGGUAGUCUUGGUAGUCUUGGGGAGCAGCUAGAUGGGGGAGAAACAGCCUCAGUGUCUGAUGGGGGAUCCUUGUACACAGUCAACUCACUUGGCAACAACACCACUAUGGCACGCUCCAUUAAAGGUUAUGCUGUAAUAGAGGUACGGGCCAGGGCCAAAGUAGAGAAAAUUCGUGCCAGUCUCUUCAACAGCAGUGAUCUCAUUGGUUUGUCCAGCCUUGAAGGAGAGGAGGAGCUAAUGGAAAUGACCAAUGAAGAAAUCCUGACUGCUUCCAGUGUUAAUCAAAGCCUAUUUGAUACACAAGGAAGCUCUGCACUUGAGGACUACUUUCUUGAUAAGACAGUCAGAGGAGACAAGCUUGUUCCUGGGGCACGAGAUGUGUUGACAGACAUCUUUAAAAGUUGUAUUCAGUCAGAGCAGAUGCUAAGCCUAACCCCAACAAAGCCAGUGAAAGUGUCUGACAUUUAUCUCAGCAAAGAACAGAUCAACUCUCAAACACCUGGCAACCUGUUGUACGUGUUCUUCAACCAUGUACGACCUCCUAAGAAAGUGCUUGAAGAUCAGCUUACACAGAUUCUCCGCAAAUAUGGCACAGUCAAACCAAACAAAUGCAAGUACAGUAAGGCAGGCAAGGAGCAGCACCAAGGCAAAGUGGUCAGCACAAAGAGACCCAUUACCAAGCCCCCCAUCAAAGAGAAGUCUGUACUCAACAGUGUCCGGACUGCAUUAAGUGAGAAGAAACCAGUCCUGAAGCCUAAGUCUCCAGAGAAAUCCAGGCCUGAUGAGAAAGACCUUGAAAAGUCACCUACCAAAAAGAUGGAAGUUUCAGUCCCAGAAGAAAAAUAUUUAACUCUGGAAGGUUUCCACAAGUUUACUGUUGAUCGGUCCAAGCAGGACAUUCGCAGUGUUUGGCGAGCCAUCCUGGCAUGUGGUUAUGACCUACACUUUGAAAGAUGUUCGUGUGUUGACACACGAUAUGCCCAGAAGACAAGCAAGAAAUGGACCUUGGAGAUGGACAUCGCACUAGUCCAAUAUGUUAAUCGCCUAUGUCGUCAUCUGGCCAUCACACCUACACGCCUCCAUCCACAUGAAGUUUACCUGGACCCCACAGAUGCAGCAGACCCCAGAGUCUCAUGUCUGUUAAGUGUACCUGUGGAAAGUUUGCGUCUGCGAUUUGCCUUGUUGCAGUCUCUUAAUAACAUGCUGGAGAGUUUCUUCCUGCCACUUGUAGAGCUCAGGCAGACACAUGCCUAUCAGAACAGUAUUGCUGCCCUGCUGUGUGAGGCCAAAGGCCUAAUUUUUUAUGACACCAAAGUGACAUUUAUGAACAGAGUGCUGAAUGCAACAGUGCAGCGCACUGCUGACCAUGCUGCCCCUGAGAUCAUACUGGACCCUCUAGAGAUAGUGGGAGGAGAGAUUCGGUCAUCAGAAAACACCUAUUUCUGUCAAGCAGCCAGACAGCUGGCUAGCGUACCUUCAUCUCAGCUCUGUGUGAAGCUCGCAAGUGGAGGAGACCCCACCUAUGCCUUCAACAUCCGCUUCACUGGGGAGGAAGUUCAUGGCACUAGUGGUUCAUUUCGCCAUUUCCUUUGGCAAGUCUGCAAGGAGUUGCAAAGCAGUGCCCUUUCUCUGCUUCUCCUGUGUCCCAGUGCUGCAGCUAACCACAACAAGGGGAAGUACAUCUUGACGCCUUGCCCCAUUAGCUAUGCUGAAGAGCAGCUGUUACACUUCUUCGGCCAGCUGCUGGGCAUUGCCAUCCGGGCAGAUGUGCCUUUGCCACUGGAUUUGUUGGGAUCCUUCUGGAAAGGUCUAGUGGGUGAGGUGCUGGACCCAGAUGCAGAUUUGCAGGAAGCUGACCUCCUCACCUACAACCAUGUCAAGAAGUUUGAAAGUGUGAUUGAUGAGGCUGAAUUGGAGGUAUUGUGUGCAGAGAUCUCAUCGCAGAACCAAUCUGGCGAGAGCCCUGACUCUCCCAGUCGCCCAUGCUGUACUUUCACCUACAUCACCAUGACAGGCGAGGAGGUGGAACUGUGUCAGGGUGGAUAUAACCUUGCUGUCAGUUGGGAGAACAAAGAUAUGUAUGCACUGGCAAUACGUGCUCUACGCCUGCGGGAGCUGCAAAAUGUGGAGUGUAUGAGUGCUGUGCGUGCAGGCCUUGGUUCUAUCAUCCCUCUGCAGCUCCUUACCGCACUUAGCCCCUUAGAGAUGGAACUACGUACCUGUGGCCUCCACUACAUCAACCUGGAAUUCCUUAAGGCUCACACUAUGUACCAGGUGGGGUUAAUGGAGACUGACCAGCACAUUGAGUUUUUCUGGGCGGCACUGGAGAUGUUUACACAGGAGGAACUCUGCAAGUUCAUAAAAUUCGCCUGUAAUCAAGAGCGCAUUCCCUUCACUUGCCCAUGCAAGGAUGGCGGACCAGACACUGCUCAUGUACCCCCAUACCCCAUGAAGAUAGCACCACCAGAUGGGGCUGUAGGUUCACCAGAUGUGCGUUACAUUCGAGUGGAAACCUGCAUGUUCAUGGUGAAGCUGCCCCAGUACUCUUCGCUUGAUGUGAUGUUGGAGAAGUUACGCUAUGCCAUACACUAUCGUGAGGACCCCCUAAGUGGAUAGUCUCCAAAGCUCUUUAUGUCACAUCACACACACAAAGCGUCACCUAUAUUAGUUCAGUAGCAAACAGAUAUUAUCACCAUGGCUGAUAUCCACUGGAAACUCCUCAAGUCCUUUCUUUUAUAUUAGACCAGAACUGACUGAAAGCAGCCCUGCUCCACUUGCCGUCAUAAAGAUCAGAGUUUUGGUGGUACACAUUUUGUACUCGGUGGUAUUUAUCCCUUGGUCUGUCGACUGGGGAAGAUUUUCUUUUCCUUUUCUCCUUUUUUUCACCUCUCUGGUUCUCCACUCCUCACUCUCUGCAAUUUCUCUCUGCCAUUCAUCUCCUUUUCCCGUCUAAUCCUUCUGUAUUUUUACAUCUUCCCCCUUUCUUUGCCCCUUUCUUGUCAGCACCAGUGGUGCUUGUUUACAUGCCUUCAUUUACAGCAAUGCUGCUUGAGCUUUAAGAGUUUAGCAGUCUGGAUUCAAAAGACAAUAGUAUUCACAUGUGUAUUUACCGAUGAUAGGAAAUGACUUGAGAAGGACUACCUCCUACAUCAAGAGAUAUUAAAAACUUAUUACCAUUCACAUAAAUUUUUGAUGCUACUAGCUCAGCUCUACAACAAAAACUUAGCAUGUGCUAUGACAAGAUUAUAUAAAUAGUUCGACUCUUAAAAGCAAGAUUGGACUGCUUUGCAAUCUCUUGAGGGUUUAUUUGCCUGUAUUGGUAAAGGUGCAUAUAUUUUGUUUGAGCCUAUAAAGAGUAUGUAAGGCAUGUAUAAAGUCAAGCUAUAGUAAUAUAUUAAGUUGUAUUUUGUUUUCAUGUAAUGUUUGCCCAUUACAUGCAACAUGUAGGUUGUGACUUUGCCAAAUGAGCAAAGAUUUGGUCCAGCCUGUGGAGUGCACUCAUAUCUGUGGUAAUGGAACUGCCACAGCCUCUCAGAUGCGUUUUAUUUUAAAGGUGAUCUCACUUGGCAUCUCGCCCUCAAUGUUUGUAUGCGAUUACACUAAUCGAUUUCUUCCUUUCCCUUUUCUGAUGGGGAAAGCCCUGCACGGAUCAUUCAUUAUAGCAACAGGGUUUGGAGAAAUCUUUUUAGUUUGUUUGCUUGUUUUUUGCCUGCUGGAUUUGCACAGACAAAUCUACAUUUGUGUUGGUCUGUUUUAAUUUCCUUAUCCAACAUGCUUUAGCUAUGUAGAAAUGUCUGUACUUUGUAGCUAUUUAAUAAGCUUCUAUGUUGAAUAUGGAAGCAUUUUUUUUUCCCUUUUCAGUCACCACUCUUACUUUUUGUUCUUCCAAAAUGUGCACACAAACAGGUUUUAUUUUGAACAUGGAUGUUCAUUGUGGGAUUUCCAGUGGUCCUUUUUUAAGUUUAAAAAUAUUAAUGCAUUACUUAAAUUGAUUAUAAUUCAGAUGCGUUACCUCUAAUGGAUAUGAAGAAAUGCUUUCUUAUGUUUUCUGGAUCCAUUGUAACAUAGACAUGACAACCUGACCCUAUGUUCAAAAUAGACUUCAGACUUUGUUCAUGCUGUACAUUUUGAUGUGAUGCUGUUAUCAAGGAUACUCCUUCUGUUUAGUCUAUCUUUAGGAGGAAGCAUUACUGGUUUGUCUACAGGGCAUCCACUGAAGCAAAGUAAAAAUCUGCUAUACAUUUACUUGAUAUUUAUUACAAUAAUUUAUGCUUGCAUUAACUUUUUUCCUGUUUUACCUCUACACGUCUAGAACAUAAUGCAGAUGUAUAAAUGUCCAUUGAAGUGAAAUUGAUUUUGAGAUUUGUGUCACAAUUAAAACAUAAUAAAACAUCUUGAUGUACA